UAUGGAAUUAAUGAAAUAUCGCAUCUAUAUUACACACUUAAGAGGGAGAAUAAUAUGAAUAAACAUAUUUAUAAGUCACUAAGUAAAGAAAGCAGUUUAUAUUCAACUGAUUUAAAAACUGCACCUCAUUAUACCAUACAAUAUGCAAAUAAGAGAUAUAAUUCAUCCGCUAAU